UGAUGAGUCAUAUUGAUCAUCUGUGUUUGAAAGUUUGGUUUUGAAAAAAUCAAUGAUCCAGUGGUAAAUCGACAUUAACAUUGAUGUUCAUCUCAAAUUCAUCCAUAUUAUUAUUUUUAUGUUUGUGUAUGUGUGCGUUUAUCUCAACUUUGUGACAAUUCAAUUCAUUGCAAGAAAAAAGAAUGUUUUCCAAAUAUUCAAAUAUACGGAUUUCUAAGAAUUCUUCAUCAGCAGUGGAAAAUGUUUCAUUAAAUCUGACCAAAGAAUCAUUUUAUCCACCUUUAUCCUUCAUUCAAAAAUCUGAUCCACAUCGUUCAUUCAUAUCAGCCAGAUUUGAAAUUACUGAUGAUUGUGAAACCUCGCCAUUAUCAUCAACAUUAGUUGGAUGUUGUUCAUCAGGAUCGGAAUGUUGUUGUUCACCAUCACCAUUGGUACCAACAAAAGAAGCAUUGACCAGCUGUUCUAAUCUUAAUUCAUCAUUUCAAUCCAAUUUUUAUGAUAGCCAUAAUAAAUUCAUUAUGACCACCGAUGUGACACCGACGAUGGCAAUGACCACAUGUACCAAUGAACAAUCGCCAUCAUCGAUAACAGCCAGAUUUAGCGAUCCGUUGGGUUCGCCUCCAACAGUUUCGUCUGGCUUUUCAGAUGAUUAUUAUUAUGGUCCAUCAUCGGGUGAAUUUUCAUCAUCGGCAAAUGGUGAUUCCAUGUCCAUAAAUCCACCGCCGUUAUCAUGUAACGAUAAUAAUUAUUGGGCACUCAUUUCUAAAAAUGAUAAUUUUCAAUUGAAACUUGAAUCUCGAGAAAAUUUUGUCUGUUUCAUUGGUUCUGAUUUUGUUCUUCGACAACAAAAACAAAUACAAUCAUCAAGCAACAAAAAAAAUAAAGACGAUCAUCAAGCAGUAUUGAUUUAUGCCAGCGGAUCAUUUCAUCUUAAAGAUCUUGAUUCGAAAUUCGGUACAUUUGUAAAUGAACUUCGUGUACGGUCUCGUAGUUUCAUACGUUUGAAUAUUGAUGAUGAAAUUCGUUUUGGUUUUGGUCCGGAUAUUUAUCAAUUAAAACAUUUACCAUUGAAUCAAAUCAAUUGUAAUCACAGCCCACACAUUCAACGAGUGAAUAUCAAUAAAGAUGAUGAAAACCAUUAUCGAUCGACAACGCCUUUAACAACAAUGAAAAAUGACAAUAUAAAUGAGUUUAUCGUACUUGGUAACGAACACGACAAUGUUUCUGUUAAUAAUGAUGACAACAAGCAACUGAAACAAAAUUCAAUAAGCAAUCCAUUAGCAUCACCAACGGCUUUUAAACAAUCACCAAUGAAUAAACUUUUUCGUAUUAGCAUUAGAAAAAAUGAUAAAAAAUCUGAUCCAGUUAAACGUGGAUCGAAAAAGAAUGCGAUACAAGCAUCGACAUCUACAGCUUCAUCAGCAUCAUCAUCAUCAUCAUCCAAAUCCUCAUCAUCGCAUAAUAAACUAUCUCCAUCGUCUUUUUCCCUGAUGUCAUCAUCAUCAUCAUCAUCAUCUCAAUCAUCAACGCCAGUGACUUUAACAAAUUAUACACAACAGCCAACGUCAUCAUCAUCUUCGAUGUUCAUGUCGGCCAUGAAAAUGGUAAAAGCUCGAUUCAAAAAGAAAUCUUCAUCAGCCACGGUCUCUGCUAAAGAUAAGAAAGAAUCAGUAUUUAUUUGUUCAGGUAACGAUGACAUUACCUUCAUCCGUUAUCGUCACAAUUUUGAAAAAAAUCAUCCGCCCAUUCAUCAACAGAAUAAAAUCGAACCAUGUUCAAUAUCAGCUCCAGAAUCACCUAAUCAAUCUCGUCAUCAUGUCUAUCAUAGUCAUACAUAUCAGAAUACAGAAUUCCUAAGAAAAUUAUCUGAUGAUUAUCCGUUUACUUCACAUUCUGGCUUUCCUUUCAUUACAGAUGAACAUGAAUAUGAUGAAGUAACUCCUGAUUUGAACCUGGAUAAUGAUGCCGAUGAUGAUGAAGAAGUUCCUAGUUGUUGUUCUGAUGUUAGUGAACAACAAUGGACCUGUGAAUCUAAAGCAUCAACCAAUGUUGAUGAUAACAAUCAGCAUUUCAAUCAUAAUCAUCACACAUUGUGCCCAUCAACACCAUUACAAUUACUGCAGCCGAAUUCGCCGUCCUUAAAAACGAAGCAUACUUCUGUUAUGAAUACAGCAACAAGUGUUCAACAAGAUUGUGGCUUGUAUCUGGAAAAUCAUCAUCACGAUAUUAUCGACACUGAUGAAUACAAUGCGUCUCAUUCACAUGAAUGUUUUGACGUUGAAAAUCACACAUCGACACAAGCAAUAUCCACUUUAUCAACGAUCCAUCAUUUGCCACAUCUAAACAGUGAAGAUCGUCUGAACAAUAAUAGUAGCUUAGAUUCAAACAUUGUUCACUUUGAAUACUUGAAAAAUUUAAAAAACAACAAGUUUGAAUCAAACACUAGCAGCGACAUCAAAAUGGACAGCUGCGAAAAAUCUAUUAAUUCAUCAACGAUCUUGUUCGAUGAUGAGAAACGAACAAAAUUACAUCAACAAGAAUCAAAUGAUGAGUCGUUUUGCCAAAAUAACGUCAUAAUUUCACCACUAUCAUCAUCAUCGUCGCAUCAACAAGAAACGGCGACAAUGACAACAAUCGAAACUACUACUGUCACAUUUGGCUCAACAUCUUCCUUAUUAUUAUAUACGAGUCCGAAACAGUCAUCGGUUACAUCGACUACAUCAACUAUUAAUAAUCAUAUCCAGUGCAGUGAUUGUAACGUUCAACAUCGAGUUGAUUAUAUUUGCCAAAAUAAACUAGAAAGGCAAAAAGAUAAAAUCGUUUUUUCUGGUGACGAUGGAAAGUGUCGAGGUAGUUCAAUAAAUUUUUCAUAUUCUGCUUCUGCUGUUGGUGAAAAAGAACAAGUCAAUUCAGCUAACAAAACUCUAUUCAAUUUUGAACAAUGGUUACCUUUGACAACGACAACGGUGGAAACCGCUACGGCAACGGCAUCUGUCAAUGAAACAACCUUGAAGCACAGGAACAAUAUCGAACAACAUUUGAAUCAGUUAAACAACAAAUCAAUACAUAAACAUAGUGGUAGGCAGCAACUAGUCGUCGUACCGGUUGAUUCAGAUUCAGGUGCCGUAACUGAUGCCGAUACAAACGAUCUUUAUGAUAUUGACGAUAUUGGACAUUUGAGACGAGGACAACGACGACCAUCCUCAUCAUCAUCAUCAUCGACAAAAAUAACCAGUUCAUUUGACCAUUAUCAUACGGGAAAUCUUCUUGCAUCGACCAGUAGUGGACAAUCAUCAUUAGGAACAUCGACCACAUUGGCUAAUUUGAAUAAUCAUAACGAAUCUCAAUCGUCUUCAUUGGAACAUGAUGUUGAAUUUGAUUAUCAACAACAACAUGGUAAUUGUACCAAAACUCCUCAGCCACAAUCAUUGCCAGUAUUUAUGCAACAGCCACGUUCUCGUCAUUCAAUUGGUGGCAUGGCAUUUGUGAUUGAUUUCAAUGAUAAUGUUAGUCAUAAUAAAACUCAUUAUUCUACUUGUAAUAAUUAUAACAAAGGUCAAAAAGAUAACAGAAGACCAUCACCACUUUUAUUUAACAAUCCAAAUACUAAUGUAAAUUGUAUGAGUGAUGUUGAACAACAAAUGACUAAUGUAUCUCCUCAUACUGGAAAUUCGAAUACUGCCACCAAUGACAUUACGAUAACUGCGACAUCAGUGAAACGAUUGUCAAACGUAACAUCUGUACCACCGACUGCAUUAAACAAAACUAAUAUUGCUUAUGUGUUCGAUGUAAAUGAUAUGAACGAUAAACAGAAGCCAUCUAUUGAAUUGUCAAACGAUUCCGGUCACACCCAAUAUCAUUCAUCAUCAUCGAUGAAGAAAAGUGAUACUUAUGAUAAAAAAAUCAAUAAACUAUUGGCAAAUGAUAUGAAUAACGACAAAGACAAUCUUGUCAAAAAUGAUUAUCAAAAAAAUCCUAAUAAUCAUUGUUCAGUAACAAUACCUUUAUCAUCAACUACGGAGAUCAAUGAAAUGUCGAAGAAUAUAGAGACAAAUUCGAAUCGAAUUAUUUCAGGUGUCGAAAUGAUAGAUGAUGAUAAAAGUCGUCAUAGUGAUGCAACACUACAACAAUCAACAUCACGGCGAAGUGCUCAAUUAAGUGAGUCUGCUGUUUACUUGAUUAAUCGAAUGUUUGAGCAUAAUAAUUAUCAACAUAAUCCUCAUCAUCAUCGUAGCAAUAGUACGAAUAGCCAUGGAUGUUAUGAUUUGGGUGAUGAUGUUGAUUUUGAUAAUCAUCAUCGACCAGAAGAAUAUUUUGACGGUGGUGAGCAUUAUGGUCACAUUCCUCAUGCCAACAAUGUAAAACCGUCAAUCAAAACAUCAGCAACUAAAACAACAAAACCACAUUUAAUAGCCAAAUCACCUAAUAGUCAUAGUAUCGAAUAUGAUGAUGAUUCAUUGAGUUUAAUGAAUUCUAUUAAAGAUCGAUCACAUACUUUGGCAGUCCAAUCACAUCGGUCAUCAUUACAUCGACAUACUCCUAAAUCCUCAGUAUCCGAUAGCGCUGAUACCAUGACUUGUAUGGAUAAACAGUUAAUCGAUUCGAACAUCAAUAUUGUUGACGAUGAUGGUGAAUUAAGCGAUACUGGAACGUAUGUUAUCGAUAUUGAUGAGCUAACGGGAGAAAAACUUAGACGAAAAUCAGAAAAUGUUAUGAAUUCAAAAAAAACAAUCCAUAAAUCGUCUACGAAGAAAAAAUCUGCUCAACCCAAACAUCAGCUCGCCGACGAUGAUGACGAGAUCCGAAUUAAAUCAUCCGAUGGAGAUUUAGGUGUCGGCAGUGGACCUAUUGCUCGUUGUAAUGAUGGUGAAGGUGGUAACGGUGAAACUAAUUCCGAUGAAUUUGGUUACGAAGAAGAUGACGAUGAUGAUGAAGAUAAGCUUGAAGUAGCCCGAAAACAGAUUGAUGAACUAUUCAGUAAUUAUGAGAAACAGAAAAAGAAUAGUAGCCAUCAACCACUAAAGAAAGAUGCAACAUUCACUCGAUCGAAACGUCGUUCCAGCUGUUCAGAAGUUAAUAGUUCAUCGACAUAUCAUAAUGACAAAUCAUGUCGACCAAAUCAAAUGAUUGGUGUUCAACAAUCAACUCAAUUAUUUAAUGUUAUCGACGAUACAGUUGUACAUUCAAAAAACACCGGUGAUAAAUCUAAAAAAAGAAUUAGUAGUGAAUUAAUGAGCGCAUUCAAGAGGAUUAACUCCAAAUUAGAAAAAACAGCUCGACUCGGAAAGUUAUCAUUGUUGUCAUCUUCGUCAACUAGUUGCACACCGUUAGUCGGUACCGAUAAUACCAACACAAAUGAUGACAAUCAUCAUUCAACAAAAUCGGUUUCAGCACAAUCUAAACUACCAAUAAAGUGUCGUUCAGCACCUUCGACGCCAUUAUUGGAUGAUCGUAAACAUUCGGCCAAUAAUCGAUUGUGUAGUCGAAACAUUAACGGUAAAUCCAGGAUCUCGUCAGCAAUUCCAAAUAACGAAUAUUCAUCCUCAACUGAACGAAUUGAUAAUGAUGAUCGUCAACAACGAGCUCGUAGUGGAUCGAUAACAUCUAACAAUUCGGCCUCUUCUAGCUUACGUUUCAAUCGUGCAUUUGCAUUGCGUCGUGCUCGUCUCGGUAUGGAUACUUGUGGUGUGGAAAUUUCCGAACAAUCUGCUAAUAAGGCUAAAGAAUCACAAAAAAUAAAUUCAUCUAAAACGACAAAACUAUCAUCACCAGUAUCAUUUAAACGGAAUGAUGGUGGAAGAUUCAGUCUUCGGGUACCAGGCGCUCGAAUUCCGUUCAACACUUGUAAUCAGUCGACAAAAGGAUCACGAAAACCACCGUCUUCUUCGACGACGGUGGUUCCGCCAACUAAUCGAAAAGUACUGAAACAAUCACCGGUUUCGAGUAAAAUCCCAACAUUGAAAUCCUAUUCAGCAUCAUCAUCCGUUUGUUCAUCUAUUGAAAAUCUUUCGAAUGGUCCUGUAAAAGGCAAGGCGAAAGAUAGUAAAUCAUUGUCUUCCAUAGAUCAUCGUAAUCAAUCACAACGCAGAGUUAUUCCUCAUUCAGACAAUGAAAUUCAAUUCGAUGCCGAAUGUUCGUCAUGUGAUGAUGGCGAAAUACUAACAUAUCCUGCAUUACCUUUCACACGUUUCGGCAGACGCUCAUUACGUUUUAUGCCAUCAUCUGGUUGCAAUGAAAAUAGCACACCAUGGCUAAAAUCGCUUUCAAAUAAAUCUGUCGAUUCAAAUGCCGAUAUUGUUAACAAACGGAAUAAGGCAGAAAUACAACCACAGCCGAUUAAUCAAGGUUCAUAUUCCUUAUUUGGUGGAUCACGUCGAACAUCUUCAGCUAAUAGUUAUUGCUCGGAGAGCGAGAGCCAAAAUUACAGUUCUGCUAUUGAACCUUCAUCACCUUCUAUUGUUGAUCCUAGAACAGCUAGGCCAAUCGUCCCUCCGUUUCAGGUUGGGAAACGUUUCUUUUCCACUAAACCACACCGAAUGGCACAAUUUGAUAAGGAUUUCAACACCAUUAUCCAUGGCCAUCAUUCUGCUAGUGCUAAUCCAUCACCAAUGCGACAAUUAUCAGCCGAUCCUAAUUUGAUGACUCAUUCAGUUACCGAAUGUUUAUUAUCGGAUCGUUCAAGUAUUGAUGGCAAAAGACAAGAAAUCAAAUCAAACGAAAUAUCCGCAGCAUCCACAGCCAUUGCAUCUAGCAUAAAUGCCCGGAUAUUUUCCAUUUCUCCAUUGGAUUCAUUAGUAAUAUCCGCUAUCAAUCAAUUGUCUUCUAAACUUCGAACAAGAAUGCGAGAUUUCCUUGAACGUGAACGCUAUAAUCAUUUGCUUGGAUCCGAAGCUCGAACAUUGAUUGAUGAAAUUUUACCUCAAGUAAACACUAAUGGAAACGGACCUGAUUCAUCAAAAUCUAAUCAAAUACGUAACAAUUAUAAUCAUGAUUCAUCAAAUAUUAGUCGUGAUCUGUCGAAUAUAUUGAAAAAUUUGAAAAAAGUCGAACAAAUUUUCGAUGUUUUCUCCAUGGUUGUCGAACCGUAUACAAAUGAAUCAAAAAUUGUCGAACUCCACAAAACAGAUGGCCCAAUCAUAACGAACGCCUCAGAUACUGAUACUAGCGGAAGUGAUGAUGGUACAAAUGGAUCGGUAGUCAUAGCCAAUUGCACAAGUACCGAAACAUCUAUAAAUCGAUCACGACGAUCACCAUUUAUAAUCCCUACCCAACAAUCAUCAGCAAAAGCCUUUUCUCAAUCACCACCAUCAUCCGAAUCAUUAUCCCAAUCACGAUCAGGAUUCUUUAUUGAAAUUUAAAGUGACCUUUUUAAAAAUCAUCAAUAUCAUUACGAUAAUUUACUUAAAAGAUUUAAGAUAAAAUUUGAAUUGAUUUACCUAAAAA